AUGAAACGCAUAUACCAGUUUUUAUUUUUAAAAAAGCCAAAAAAUGGCCAACACACAGAGUUGCCACACUAUCAAUCGAGACAAAUCGUAAUCGAGGGUGAAGUUCGGAAGAAGCCGCUCCCGCGGAUCAAUCCUCUUUAUAUCUACUGCCAAUUUGAAGGAGUUUUUGAUUUCAAUGAUCGAUUCCAGACAAAACCCAUUGAAACUUUACCGUUGACAAAGUUCAAGGGCGGGUCUGAAUCUUCUGUGAACGGUAACUCUGAUGAUGUGAUGAAGACAUUGGACCAGUUGGCAUUCAAAUGUCGGAAAUUUCCCGCUGUUAAUGUUUUGUGCGCAGCUGACUGUUGUACCUGCAACUCUACACGCAGCAGAAAAAUAUUGACAUCAACUUCUGUAGUUAUCCAUAAUGAGAGCUGCUUCUGUUAUAAUUCGACUUGGCAUGAUGUUUAUCAUCUGAAAUUAGGAAGCUGAUGUCUGUUGACAGAAGGCUUAAUAAUGACACCGAGGAGAUGAAAAUAUUUUACCCAGCUCUUGAGUUUUAGACCAAAGCUCAUCACUCUUCCGUGAUUCUCUGUCCAAUUAAUCAUUUGCCCAUUUGAGAGAUUAUGGGGGCCAAUGGUUCAAUUCCCAUCAGAAUUCGUGGGAAAUUAGUUUUGGGCAUUCAAAGCUUUAGGCAUGAUUUGAUAAAAAAAAGAGAAAAUAUAUUGUGCAAUAUAUUCUCUAUGCAUCAAAUAUCAUUCUGAAUAAAGUGCUUUAUAUUCUCUAUGCAUCAAAUAUCGUUCUGAAUAAAGUGCUUUUCAAUAUAA